AUGAACAAUGUACUGGAAGUCUCAGUCAUCUUCGGUUUCCGCCCUGUUGUGCGCCGGCUGUAUGGCCACAAACAGAUCUACUAUUCAGACAAGUACUUCGAUGAGCACUAUGAGUACCGGCAUGUCAUGUUACCCAGAGAACUUUCCAAACAAGUACCAAAAGCUCAUCUAAUGUCUGAAGAGGAAUGGAGGAGACUUGGUGUCCAACAGAGUCUAAGCUGGGUUCAUUACAUGAUUCAUGAGCCAGAACCCCAUAUUCUUCUCUUUAGACAACCUCUUCCAAAAGAGCAAAAUGAAGUCUAUCUAUUAAAUCUUUCGCAAAUUUAA